CCGUAAGCCAUAAUGGCGAAAUUCGUGAAGUGAAGCCUUGUGCGGAUGAUUUUAAACGCCGUUGAAUUAAGAAACUUACUUCAAAUUUAUUUUAACUUAUAACUUAAUCAUUACAUUUUAUAUAAUAACUAACUCUUAGUACAAUGUCUCGUUCCGUACGCGCCGAAACUAGAAACCGUGUUAAAGAUGACAUCAAAAGAGUCAUGCAAGCUGUUGAAAAAGUUCGCCAUUGGGAAAAGAAAUGGGUGACGAUAGGGGAAACAACCAUGAAAAUAUAUAAAUGGGUGCCGAUAUCAACAAACGAGCAGAAGAAGAAGCACGCGGCCAAGCGAGAUAAUAAGGAAAACACGUUGACCCCCAAAAAGAUGCACGAUUCAUCCAACUCCAACUUCGGAAUGGCCGAGGAUUCUAACACUUGUUUCUCAACUGUGAGUGACUCCCAGGGCCCCACAGAGUUCACCUCAGCACACAUGAACUUCUCAGAGGACUCCAACUCCCAAAGCAGUGGCACCACAACACCGGCGAAACGGUUAAAGACUGAUUGAGGCAAGCUCAACAAAUAAAUGCCUCACAGAGGCAAGGACUAUUACAACAGGCUGGUGGAGUCUGGCUAAUCAAAGUUGAACCAAGCAAAUUCAGUCUGGCAUAACAUGGAUAUUUAUCAAUUGAAUUCCCAUAAAAUUGAUUUUGCUUGGUUCAACUUUUGUUAGUCAUACUAGUGAUGGCUAAGCAGUGCUAUUUGAUAUUAACAUUUACUUCUAUUGUUUUAAUGUCUGUGCUGUGAAUACUAUUUAUAUAAAUGCUGCCAUACAUGAUACUUGUGAGCAAGGCGAGCUUGCAUGCAACUCGGCAGCUUACUUUAAGUGCUAAGAGUUAUUUUAUUGUUGAUAGGUUUGGCCAACACUAUUUUACAGCUCAAUAUUUUUAUUUGCAUUUUAACCGCAUUUUAUACCAUAAUUUGUAGGCCAUCAUUUAUCCCAGGCAUAAAAAAAAUGCCAAAUUGUCUCUUUCACACUCACUUGCUAGAAGUCAGACAAAUGUUUUAUGUUGGUUAUAAAUGGUGACUAAAAUAUGUAUGAAUUAUUUGUAAAUAUCUACUUAAAUUAUUGAGUAAAUCAUUGGUGUGUUUAAAAUAUAAAGCUGUUUUUAAGAAUUUCAAGUCACCAUUGUUAUAAUUUUUUUGUUGUCUAACAUUAAUAAUAUGUGGUCUAAAUUUAAUGACUAUUAAUAGAAUAAACGAAAAUGUGACUUAAUAUUAACUAUAAAAAAGUGUAUACAUACACAUUUUAAUGCUAGGCUUGUAUUUUAGCUAUUAAAAAUAAAAUUUAUAAAAUUUUCUUUUCUUAAGCACAAGUACAAAAUAGCAAUAUCUGUAACUUAUUUGUUAGUGUAAGACUGGCGUCGGGUAAACAAUUUUCUUUUUAGAAUGAGGAUACA